UGGUCGCUCCGCGUGGUCGGCCGGCGUUGACGUUGACAGCGGAGGCGACCCCGGUGGCGGUGGUCGCGGCCGCCUCGACGCGCCCUCGGCAGGCAGCCGCGAGAUCAGGGCGACCUCCCGGCAAGUCCUGCAUGGCCUGGGAUGGCGUUUAAUGGUUGUUUUAGUCUUAAAUACCCUGGCAACCCCAAACAAGGUGACUUGAUUGAAGUAUUUCGUCAUGGUUAUCAGCACUGGGCUCUAUACUUGGGUGAUGGUUAUGUUAUCAACAUCGCACCAUUAGAGGAUGGCAUUGCUGCAACAUUUACAAGUGCCAAGUCUAUAUUCAGCAGAAAGGCCCUGGUGAAGAUGCAGCUUUUAAAGGAUGUUGUGGGAAAGGACACCUACAGAAUAAACAAUAAAUAUGAUGAUACAUACUCUCCUCUCCCUGUAGAAGAAGUUAUGCAGCGGUCAGAAUUUGUAAUUGGGCAGGAGGUGGAGUAUGAUAUACUUGACAAUAACUGUGAGCAUUUUGUGACAUUGCUUCGCUAUGGAGAAGGCAUCUCGGAGCAGGCCAACAGAGCAAUAAGUACCAUUGGGUUUGCGACAGCUGCUGCUGGUGCCUUCUCAUUUCUGGGCUUGUUUUCAAAAAGACAAAGAACCAAAUACUUUUAACAAUUGACUGAAGAGAUUUUGGAACUGAAGGAAUUUGUGAGGAGCAGUGGAAUAAAACUCAAAAAAGAAAAGCAACACAAGGAUGAAUACUUAUUUUCAUUGUUAUUGUUGCAAAUUCCAAAUCCUGGAUGGCCAGCUAUUUAACAAAUUGCUUACUAAGGUUAUCUCAUCAUUUUGCCAGAAAAACAUUUUUCUAUCUACCUACCUGCAGAGAUUUUCUGGGAUAGCCUGAAGAAGCUGUAGCCUUUUGAGUGAGGCCCAGCAGAUUUUAACAAAAUUCCAACAUGUAUUUUCUUCUACUAUAACUAUUAUUGUCCUUUCAUUGGGCUGUUUAUUUUGUAUUUUCCAAAGGAAUGGAGAUCCAUUUACAUGUGAUUUUAAGGGAAAUGUCAAUUGCUCUAAAUGGUUAGGGUUGGCAUCCGAAUUCACAUUCCUUUUCUAGCCAGAGAAGAAACAGCAAAACUCAACAGCUGGUUAGGCACUUUGAGGAAGUUCAAUUAACAUUCCAAUAGAUGGUGUAUUUCCCUGUCUUUGCUCAUGUAUAGAUACUUCUGUAUAGAAAAGGUGUAAGUCAGAGCAAGGAUCCCUUUCUCUUCACCUUUUACAUUCAGUGAUUUUCCUGGAAAUAAUUUACCAGCCAAGAACAUCUAACUAGAGCUUUGGACUACUAGAUCAGGUGAAGCUUGGGACCCUGACAGAUGGCAGAAUCCAAGGAAGGUUCAAAGGCCCAGAUGGAUGGCAGAAUACAAAUGAGGCUCACAAGCCCAGACAGGCAGGGGAUUCAGGCACAGCAGCAAGGGCCAGUGGCAAGUACUUCACAUAGGAGACUCCCCCAUGCACUCUAUUUCACACAUGUCUGAAGUCUAAGAAAAGCUGAGACUUAAGGGAACUACUGGGUACAUUUCAGGGGAGGUCUAGCAACAAGAUUCAAACUAGGAAAGGAACACUGAAUAAGAAAUAGUAUAAGUACUACAGCAGGCAAUCAGAAACUGGAAGUGAGUAGUCUUCCCAAAUCCCUCAGGAUUGGGCAGCCCUGGAACUGGUUGUAUGAUGGGACAGGAUGAGUGAUGUCCACAGGUAAGAGACUGGCCUGGAUAUUUGGGGAGUAACCCAGACUCAUCUCUUUGGUUUGUAUAAUAAACUCUUAAUUUUCAAAUCU